CGACGCUUAAGGGAACCGGCUAUUUUCACAACUCACCGUGGCCAACAAACUGAUUACAUACGAUCAAAGUCCGUUUUCUUAUUUAUUUGUAAAGGAUAUGAUACGUUCGUUAUGUAGAGUAACCUAUAAAUAUCAUAACACUCUUAAACCUCUUAACCAAUGUUAUCUAUAACCAAUAGAAAGUCAGAAAUUGCCCUUUACUGUAGUGUACAAUGUUGAAUAAGUUGACACAAGAGGAAAUACAAAGUUGGACAGCCGCACAGUUACGUGCUCAAUUAAAAAAGCGUAAACUAGGAACAAAUGGAAAGAAAAAUGAAUUGGUGGCAAGAUUAAUGGAAUCUGAGAAAACAAUGAAAAAAUCAAAAACAAAAGCAAGACAGCGCAAACAUGAUGAUGCUGCUAGCUCAGGUGAUAGGGAUCUAAAUGGAAGUGUAAGUGACAAAAAACAAGACGAAAAACAACGUGAGAUGGACAAACAAGAGCGAGAGUCUAUAGUCCUGUGGCGGUCCCCAGUGAGGACUAUCAGAUAUUUCUUUCUGGAGGCCAGUGUACUGCUGUAUUUGUUAGGGAAAAGAUUGUACAACAGAAAGAAGGCUGUUGCCUUGUGUGUGUUGAUUUCGCUGAUACUGUUGGCAGUAUAUCAUGUGGAGGGAGCCCACCAGGAGACUGUGGGGAGUGUGGAAAAGACAUUUCUGUGGUGCGCAUACUGGGUCGGGCUGGGCAUCCUCUCCUCCGUCGGACUUGGGACUGGCCUCCAUACAUUCCUACUUUACCUGGGUCCUCACAUAGCAGCAGUAACAUUGGCAGCGUAUGAAUGUAUGUCCACAGACUUCCCUGAACCUCCAUACCCCACACAAAUUGUGUGUCCGGAUGAUGAGGGCCAUCAAUACAUCUCCAUGUGGAAGAUCAUCAGUAAGGUUCGGCUGGAGUCAUUCAUGUGGGGGGCGGGCACAGCCAUUGGGGAGCUACCCCCAUACUUCAUGGCACGCGCUGCCCGUCUAUCUGGGGCAGACAUUGAUGAUGAUGACUUUGAGGAACUCGAAGAGCUUAUUCAUGAGAAGAAAGAUCACCCAGAAGAAAUGAGUUUUUUGGAGAAGGCAAAGUUGUCCAUCCACAAUCUAGUCCAGCGAGUGGGCUUCUUUGGUAUUCUGCUGUGUGCAUCUAUACCCAACCCACUGUUUGAUCUGGCGGGCAUCACCUGUGGGCACUUCCUCAUUCCAUUCUGGACUUUCUUUGGAGCCACUCUCAUUGGAAAGGCCAUUAUCAAAAUGCAUAUACAGAAAUUAUUUGUGAUAUUCCUGUUUAGUGAACAUCAUGUAGAGACUGUAGUCAGCUUAAUAGGUAAGCUGCCGAAGUAUGGUCCAGUGUUACAAACCCCAUUUAAGGAGUAUCUCAGAGUACAGAAGGAGAAGCUCCAUCACAAACCAGGCUCCUCCUCUCAUAAGGAAUCUGGGAAUGUGUUGGCAUGGAUAUUUGAGAAGGUUGUGAUAGUGAUGGUGGCCUACUUCCUUCUCUCCAUCAUCAACUCCAUGGCACAGAACUACCACAAGAGACAGUGUAAAACCAAGAGGCUACUCAGCAGAUAGGAACACCAUAUCAUAGCCUUGUAUUUGCCAUUUGUAUAAAUAGAACAUUGUACAUGAGAAUUGAUAUUUGGAUUUUACAGAGAUCUUUAAAUUUUUUAAAUUGUUUUAUUUUUAAUUUAUUUGAUUUUAAUUUCAAGUGUGUGGAUGUGAAUUCAUUGAUAAUUAAUCUCUUCUGUUUGUCUUGGCAUUCUCCUUCGCUGUCAGAACACAAUGCCCUUGAUUAUUCAUAUUGCAAGAAAGAACACAAAGAAGAAAGUUCUUUUGAAAACAGCUACAAAUUGAAGAUGGUAUUGAAAUUUUAAUUAAUUUUAAAUACUUGAAAUCCGUUUCCGCCAUUGUACAAAAUGACCUGUUUAAGAAGGCAUAUAGUGGACCAGCUUACACAUAAUUCCUCAUGAUGACAUGGGUCCAUUGCUAUGUUAGCCUUGUAUUUAUCAUUGUCGAUCACCUGCAAAGUCUGCUGAAUUUGACUGGCUUAGUUGGAAAGUCAAAAAAAAAAGUAUUGUUUUUGUAUAAAGAAGUUGGAUUUUGUCUAAAGUGUUUGAAUUAUACAAAAUCAAAAAUCUUUUCAAAGAACUUCUUGAGAAAACGGUUAAUUACAUGUACAUGUUUGUAAGUGGUGUUUGUACAUGUUUGCAUGUGUGACUUUGAACAUGUAUGUAUGUGUGUGUUUAUACAUGUUUGCAUGUGUGACUUUGUACAUGUAUGUAUGUGUGUCUCUGAACAUGUAUGUAUGUGUGACUUUGUACAUGUAUGUAUGUGUGUCUCUGAACAUGUAUGUAUGUGUGUCUUUGUGCAUGUAUGUAUGUGUGUCUUUGUACAUGUAUGUAUGUGUGUCUCUGAACAUGUAUGUAUGUGUGUCUUUGUACAUGUAUGUAUGUGUGUCUUUGUACAUGUAUGUAUGUGUGUCUUUGUGCAUGUAUGUAUGUGUGUCUUUGUACAUGUAUGUAUAUGUAUGUGUGUCUUUGUACAUGUAUGUAUGUGUGACUUUGUACAUGUAUGUAUGUGUGUCUUUGUACAUGUAUGUAUGUGUGUCUUUGUACAUGUAUGUAUGUGUGUCUUUGUACAUGUAUGUAUGUGUGUCUUUGUGUCUGUAUGUAUGUGUGUCUUUGAACAUAUAUUUAUGUGUUUUAUACAUAUAUGUAUGUGUGUCUUUGUACAUAUAUGUGUGUCUUAGUACACAUAUGUAUGUGUGUCUGUGCAAAUGUAUGUAUGUGUGUCUUUGUGCAUGUAUGUAUGUGUGUCUUUGUGCAUGUAUGUAUGUGUGUCUUUAAACAUGUAUACAUGUGUGUGUGUUUGUAAAAGUAUGUAAAUGUUUUUUUUUACAUGUAUGCAUUUGUGUUUUUGUACAUGUAUGUAUAUGAGCCUUUGUACAUGUAUUUAUAUAUGUAGAUGUAUGUACAUGUUUGUAUGUAGGUGUAUGUAAAUGUAUUUAUUAAAUGAAUACAGCUGUGAAAAAUAUCUGACUGUGUCUGGAUUUUAAAACAUUGAUUGCUGUAUGAUGGUUACUAAUUUAUCAGUGGAUCAUGUUGAUUCAGAAUAGUAUAUAUUGUAUACAUUUUAUGCCUUUAAUAUCACUUUUCACUAAGCUUGUAUCCAUAUACAGGGAUAUCACUGUUAACAGUGCAAUAGUAUGUAUGGGCAUGCUAGACUUAUGCAUUUGUUGUAUGGUCUUUCUGAUAAGUUAGUCAAUUGUAAGGAUCACGUUUUUGAAGGCAAUACCAUAGUUUGACCUCAGUCAAGAAUACUUUGUCCAUUUUCGUUAAUUUAUCUAUUCAUGUCAUUAACAUUUGUGUUAUAAUAAUUGAUACUGUUUGAUAUUUCACCAAAUCAGCAACAUGAUUUACUAAACCAGACGCAAAUUUCUCAAAAAUUCUUAUUAAAGCAUAACAGGCUUAAGUGUCUUAUUACACUUAUCCAAGUCAGUUGAUUUGUCAACAAAGAAAAUACUUUAUUGUGCUAUCUGAUAUAUAACACCUUAUAAUUAAAUGUCUAAAAACUCUUAACAAUGACAAAUACACACAAUACAUACCAAAAUAGUGAGCUUAUCUUGAUCCCAUUAUAUUUAAGAGACUUGAGAAUGUCUGAGAAAUCCAGGCCAGGAGAAAAUAAUAACAUUUCUUUGGUGUUAUGGAAAAGCUGCAUUUGAUAUGAAAGGUACUAUUAUUACCAAUGUAGGCUGAGCAUUGGUUAAACUAGCAUUAGAUUAAGUUAUUCAGGGAUAUACUUACACUUCUAUGGUUUUAAUAUCUAUAUAAUUAUGAUCUUAAUAUUCAGAUUCAUGGACAGAUGGAAAAUUCUUGUAAUAUUGCAAAAUCAUAAAAAAGGUUUCCUGUUAAACUGUAUGUUGUGCACAUAAAAAUAUGCUUGUUUUAAACAGAAAUGUUGUAUUUACCUAUUAUAAUUGUAUAUAGAGAAGGUUUAUUGUUAUAAUUUAUUGCUCGCUUUAGCUAUUUCAUAUUUCUCUGACAAUUUAUUGCUCGCUUUAGCUAUUUCAUAUUUCUCUGACAACACCUUAUUGAAACAUUGGUUGUAAAUACAUGUUCGUACUAUUUAUUCUUCAUGCAUUAGAUCAAGUCUUGCUUCUUAUAUUUUGGGAAAAAUGAUACACAAAAUGGUGUUCAUCAUUAUUGUGAAUUAUAAAGGUAACAUCAUCGUUUUUAUCUGUAAUUUGAACUCGAACCUCAUCGCUAUACAUGUGAACUAUUGUUGGCUUUUCCUCAUGCUUUUAGUGUACCAACAUUCCUCUUUGUUUUGCUCAAGCUCUCAGUCAGAAUUUGUUUCCUUUAUUUUACCUCAAGUUUCCUUUCUAAGAUUGGGUUACAACUAUAUGAAAAUUACUUUUUUUCGCAAUGUAGUCUAGUAAAGUGUUUAACCUUAUCAAUAUAUUUAUGUACAAGUUAAAAUGAAAUAGUUAGCAUAAUGCAAUUACCUUUGUGUUAAUGUAAUAUAUGUAAUCUGCAUAUUGUCAGAUAUGUCUUAAAUGUUUCAUCAUUUGAUGGAUUUGUCAAGGAUAACAUAAUAAAAUACUGCGAUGCAUU